AUGACUCUUUUAGGCACUCGUCGGAAUCCCGAACAAUGGCCGCGCAACUUAAAGGUAGAUCAAUAUGAAGUAAGGCUUCCCUCAACUACACAGCAUAACUUUCCAAGUCUAAAUAGUUUUUCUAAAAAGAUCCUAGUAGUUCAUGUAAGCAUUGCCCAUUGUUUUGGAAAUAAGAGUGUCAACUGUGCUUUGCGCCAAAAUGUCAAGACAGCUCCUAGUGAUAUUAAUUUAAGAGGACUUCGUUUAUACAUAUAUAUGUGCGCGUGUGGAAAAACAAGUGUUGAACAAGCCAGUAUUGCCAUUGCUGUAAUAAGUAGUCUGUACCUUCCUUUUCUCCUGUGUAAGUUCUCGCGCAUUUGGAAAGUAAAUGUCGAUAAAGUUGGAAUGCCUUAUAUAUGUAAAUCAUUUGCUACGUAUUGUUUACACGAAGUGUAUGGUCUUCUCGGGCCGAGCCGUAACUGGUUUAAGCUGGGAAACAGACUGCCAGACUUUGGAGAAUUUUGGCGUUGGGUACCAGUAUUUAAAGCUAUUACUCAUAUUCACUUUUCAAAUGAAUUCCAUAUAAAGGCCGAUCAGAAGAGUCAAAAGAGUAACAAGAUUCGCAGGAUAAAGAGAAUAACUGUAUUAGAGAUAUAA